AAAAAAACAGAUACCUUUCUGUCCUUCACAGUUCACACUCGAGUUGUCCCAUUUUUGAUGUUAAUCUGUGUUUGGAUUCAUUUGGGUAUGUACCUUGUCUGUUUCAUCAUUUGAAUUGAGUUUUUGCUUCUUCACUUGUUCCCUUCCAUACAUAUAGUUUUGAAUUUGAUACUGAUAGAUAGAUUAUGUGCAAAUCAAUCUAACCUAGCAUGUAUUAGUAGGCCUUGUGUGAUUUGAUUUGAUGUGAGUAGUUUCUGUUCUUAUGUACAUGUUGGAUUUUCCGAAUUAGUUCAUGUUCGGAAAUCUUUCUACAAUUGAUUCUGAAGUCAAAAUCAAUUAUGAGGAGAAACUUAUGCGAGUAGCUUCUUGGUGACGGAAUUGAUUCUGAGAAAAGAGAAGCUGACAGAAUUAAGUUUGAUGUUUGUUGUGUAUUAAGGCAACUAUCCAUGAAUGAGUCUUGUGUGAUCUUUUUGCUGUUUUGAGAUGGAGGAUGGUGAUGAACAAGAGCUAUAUGAUCAUGAUGUUUCUCUGUCUUCAUGGAUUAAAGAGCAAUUAGAUUAAUUAGGACGAUGAAGAUUAGAGAGGAGACGGGUAUAAAGCCAACUCUGCUGAAAUUUGGUUUUGCUUUGGCUCUUUCAUUUGCUGGAUUUCUCUUCUCACGCCUCAGAAUUCGACGAAUCAAGCCUCCUCCUAAGUCACCUACUGGGCAUGCUUCAGCUCAUGGGAAUGAAGUUAAUUUAGGAGAAGCAUUAAGCACUUGCAACACUGUCUCGGAGGAAAAAUUUCUAUAUGCUCAGGAAGAAACAUGCAUCAGUGGGGGGACAAGUGACAAUUCUCCUAGAAGUAAUCAAAAUGGAGCUAAAGAAGAGUUCUUGCUUCCUGAAUUUAAUGAUCUUGUUAAUGAAGUAGACUUUGGAGCCACUAUUGUUGGAAAUUCUUUUAAAAAAGCUAUAGAAUUACCAAGGUUACAAGUAGGAUCAGGUCCCGAGAAGGAUGAUUAUGAGCAAGAGGCAAGUCAACUCAGGAACAUGAUUAGAAUGCUUCAAGACAGAGAACAAAGUCUUGAGGUCCAACUUCUUGAGUACUGCGGUCUUAGAGAGCAAGAAGCAGCUGUGGCAGAGCUCCAAAAUAGAUUGAAGAUAAGUAAUAUGGAGGUAAAGAUGUUCAAUCUGAAGGUAAAGAUGUUACAGUCUGAGAAUUGCAGGUUAAAGGAACAGGUUGCUGAUCAUGCAAAGGUUCUGGCUGAGCUCGAGACUGCGAAAGCGAAAGUCGAACUUCUCAAUACGAAAAUUAGGCAUGAAGCUAAACAGAAUAGGGAGCAUAUCAGAACUCUUCAAAAAAGAGUCGCCGAGUUGCGAGACCAAGAAUGCAAAGAUGUUACUUUUGAUCAAGAUAUUCAAAUAAAGCUGCAAAGGCUAAAGGGUCUUGAAUCUGAAGUGGAAGAGUUGAGAAAAACUAAUUUAGAAUUGCAGAUGGAAAAUUCUGACUUAGCUUGUAGAUUGGAUUCUACCCAAGUCCUUGCAAAUGCUGUUGUUCUAGAAGACAAUGAGGAAAAUGCUUCGGUGCAAGAAAGGGACCGUCUUAGACAAGAAAACAAGCGCUUGGUGAGGGAAAUUGAGCAACUACAAUGUGAUCGAUGUUCAGACCUUGAAGAAUUAGUGUACUUGCGGUGGGUAAAUGCAUGCUUAAGAUAUGAACUGCGAAAUUACCAGCCCCAACCCGGUAAAACAGUUGCAAAGGACUUAAGUAAGAGCUUAAGCCCCACUUCCGAGAAGAAAGCUAAGCAGCUUAUACUUGAAUAUGCAAAUAAUACUGAUGGACAAGGGGGGAUUGUGGACUUUGAUUUAGACCAAUGGUCCUCCUCACAGGCUUCUUUUCUGACCGACUCCGAAGAGAUCAGUGAUGAGUUUUCUUCUGCUGAUAAUUCAUCUGCUGUCAAAGCUAGCCCCACAAGCCAGAUCAAAAUUUUUAGCAAGCUUAGGAGACUGUUACUAGGAAAAGAUAAUAAUCAUCAGCAUAGACAUAUUUCAUCAGGAUAUCGAGAAGACACAAAUUCUCCGCGGCCGAGUAAAUCAACCAGAAAUGAGGGUAGAACUUCCUUUGAUUUCUCCAGGUCGACGAGUAUGAAGGAAGGGGGUAGGAGAUACUCAGGUAGCAUGGUCAUGGGAUUGGGAAGCUCAAAUAACUUGAGAAAUGAAGGUUCCUUAUCAUAUUCCUUAGACACAGAAAAAUCUGAUAUAGAGAAAUUUGCAGAAGCUUUAAAAGAUUCUAGUGUGGGUGCUAAACAUCAAAGGCGUAGAAGAGCAGCAUCAUACAGUUAGUGUGUUUUAAAUCAUUAUCAGCAUGCAAAGAUUUUCCCAUUUUUUUUACUGUGAAUACUAUGUAUUAGAAGCUUAGCAUGUAUAUUACUAAAAGCUGUUAAUUCCAGUUCAGACACAACCUGUGUUAAUCAUUGGGAAGCAUUAGUAUAUCAGUAAUAGUAUUUUAGCUCA